GUUACACUGAAUUCUGAAGUUAGCAGACAAUUCUCCAUUCAAAUGUGUGAAUUAUAUCCGUAUUUUUUGGGUGCCAUAGGGUUAUGCGAAUGGAAAAAAGACCUACCACUCUAAAGUAACUAAAACGAAAAGAACUAAGGAUCUUCUUCAAAAUUUGGUUUCCCCAAUCCCACCACUGCAAUACAGGCAAAUUCACGUGAAUUAAUCAUUUCUGAUGGGAUUUAAAAAAACAUAACCACAAAUUACUAUUCAAAAUUAUUGGAGUUGAUGAAAAAUUUGAAGAUUCUAAAAGGAAAAAUGUGAAAACUAUAAAUAUUCUAUUUAUUAAAUAAUUAAAAAUAUGUUACCUGUUUCCAGAAUAAAGACUUGAAUUGUUUGAAUACAAUUAUUCUCAAAAAUGGAACGAAUGGAAAUUGAUGAUGGAUCGAAGUCAACAGGAGAUAGCAGUAGUAAAACUUCCGAAGUGGAAACUUUAUGGCAUGUGAUAAAUACUCCAGUAGUUGGAAUUUUUUCAGAAUUAAUUAAAACAGGAAGUGAACAUGGACUCAAGUCAUUUUUGGAGUCAAUGACAAAAUCAUCAGAUACUUUGAUAAAUAUUCUUAUUCCUACUUACAAACGAAAUGGAAAUUUUUAUACAAUGCAAGAUCAAUAUACCUCAUUUUCCACAUGGCUCUUUGGAAUGCUAGUCAACACAUUAGUGAUGCCUCUGAGUCCUGAAAUAAUUGAUAGCAGUAUAGAAGUUCAAGCUAUAAUGCUCAGGAUUCUUUUUAGACUUUAUUCUUUUGGUUUUGAAUCAAUAUUCAAUAAGUACAUGACUAUUUUUGAUAAGAUUUUAAAUACUAAAGAUCAAAUUGAUGACAAUGAAAUAAUUAUUAUCAAUUCGUUUCAUGUAGAUAAAGAAAUUGAACAAUUGGAUCUAACAGUUCCACCAAUGAAUAUUGAAUCCAUGAAUCGUGAGCCAGUUUUAAUUUCAAUAAUGAAAAUUAUAUUAAAAUCAGGUGUUUUCUACGAGAGAAAAAAUAUUCUAUGGAAUAGAUUAAUGGAAUGUCUAAGUAAAUCUAAACCAAAUGCCAAGCUCGUUGCUGCUUUAGUCAUAUCAGAAAUUUUAAAAUUCAGUUUUGUUGAUGAUAAUAAAUUAGAAAGUUUUUUUCGUUCUAAAAGUGAAAUCAUAAAACAUUCCACAUAUUGGAUGAAUUAUAAUUUAUGUAAUUCAUCAAUAAUCCGUGAAAUGAGUACUGUACUUGCUGAUAUAUUAAGUAAUAUCUCAUUCUCUAUGACAUCAGAAAUUUAUGAUUUUUUCUUUCUUAUUCUUGAAAUGUCAUCAGAGAUAUCUAAUCAGCCAUCAACAGAAGAGAUUAUCACCAAACAACUUCAAGAAUCAAUUUGCUUGAAAAUUGUUGACUAUUUAGAGGAAUGUCCUCGAUUUUACAGUAAUGAUGAAAUUAAAAAAUAUGCCGAGUACUUCCAAAAAUUAUCCGACAAUCAAAAUUUUUCUCGCAUCUUGGCUCAUUUAAUUAUACCUGAUUUGAAAAGUAGUCAUCAUCAUUCCAUUGAAAGUUUACUUUCUAAGUCAAAAUUAUGGAAAGAGCUUCAUGACUGUGUGAUGCUAAACCUCGGCUCUCCUGAAUUUAUUAAUAAUUUUUAUAAUUUAACUAGAAUAGCACGAUCUUUAUCAAACUGGGUAUCAAUAAGGCAGUUGAAACUGAAAUUCUUCGAGGAUAUCAAUGAAAUUGUGAAUUAUUUGAUAAAAGCAAUUGAUAUUUCCAACAUUCACGAAACAAAAAUACACAAAUGUCUCCAGUGUAUGAUCAAUCUAUUGGCUAUAGACAAUGGUAAUCAAAUGGAUAUUAUUAAUAUUCUAAUGAUUCCUUGGACUUCACUCAAACCAUGCAAAUUAAUGAGCGAAUUGACAAUUAGUAAUCAAUCACUAUCACUACUACAAGCAGUAGACAAUGACACUAAAAUAAAAUGCAUUGAAAGUAUCAGUGAAUUUUAUAGAGGAAAAGAGAAAAUAAAAUAUCUAAGUGCUUGUAUUACUGGAAAUCAAACCGAAUUAGGAAUAGCUGUCAUUCAAAAUACACCAUUACUAUUAAAUGAUAAAGAAAUCAAUUUUUCUGAUAUUAAUACUCAUAUCUUGAAGCCAGCAAUGAUUACCCAGAAGAUCAUUUUUCAUGAAGCUUUGAGUUGUGUUCUUGGGAAAAUUGUCUGUAUCCUUUCAGGAAAAGGAAUAAUUGAAAAAGAGAAAUUUGAUUUAAAUGAGUGGUAUAUUAACUGUAAAUAUUGUAAUCAAGAGCUAGAUGAUGAAAAUCAUUUUAUUAAAGCAGAAGAAGCAAUGUUACUUCAUCCAUAUUACACUUUAUUUCGUUCAAAAGAUUUUAAAGUGCGAAAUAAUCUUGUUAAAAAUUUAAUCAAUUUCUCAAAUCACAUUAAAGAAUUCAACUCUACUGAAAUUUUAGGACUUUGGUUGCCAUUAAUUCGAGAUCCUGAAGAAGAAAACCGAGAAAUAUUAGCAAAGUCAAUUGAAAUAGUUAUCAGAAAUCGAUUGAACAUUGAAAAUAUUCCAAAUAAACACUUAAUAAUGAUUGAUGAUGAUGAAUGGCCGAAUGAUCUGAAACUUUUUAUUGAAACUAUUAUAAAUAUAUUAGUCGAUACAUUGAAUGAAGCUUUAGAAAAAUCUAAUUCUAAAAUUCACAAAACAUUACUUUUAUUCGCUACAAUGAUGGCUAAAGUACCAAUUCAUUUUAUAGAAUGUCGGCUUUGUAUAGUGUUUAUUAUUACCAUUAUUCACUUGAAUUCAACUUUAACGUUAGCAAGAGAAGCGACAGUUGCCUUCAAAGAAAUUUCUACAUAUUAUGGAGUAACUCCGAAAGAUCUUUUUGUAAGAUAUAGAAAAGAGUUGAUGGAAGUUAUAAUCCGAAUGGUAGCAAGGAAUUUUUACGAAAAAUCAAAUAAUUUAGAAAUGUCUCUUCACAGAGUUGCAAAUUGUAUUGGAUAUAUGGGAGCAAGAGAGUUUUUACGAAAGAAUGCACAUAUAGCUAUAAGUAUUUUAAUUCCAUUAGUUGUUAAAAUACCUAAUCUUAUUGAUGUACUAAAAAGUAUUGCCUCUUUUAUCGGUCUUGAUCUUAAAGAUAUGUUAAUAGAUAACUUCCAACAUAUCUGUCCAUCAGUUCUGAUCAAUGAAUCACCAAGUAUUGCAUCAGAGUGUGUAUUAUUUAUUUCACAAACAACCAACGUACCUCCAUCAAAACUGAUAACAAAUUCAUUUUUGGAAAUUUUACGGGAAUUACUUUUGCAUUUUCAUGAAAAAAUGUCCAGAGUCAUCAGCAGUCUUGAUGUAAUAUCAAAAUUCCAUCAUGAAUAUCGAGAGUAUAAAUUUAAUACUGAAAAGGUUGUUGCUGAUUUUUUACAACCACAUCUUCAUGCAAUCUUGGUUUAUUAUGAUACAAAUUUGAGUACCAUUUCUGAUGAGUAUUCCCAAAGAUCAGCGAUAGUAUCACUUGCAGCAUUGAUAGAAUUUAUGGGAGCUGAUCGUUUGAAUCAAUUGAAGUAUAAAAUUUUAGCAACAUUAAGAACUUUGUUGAAAUUUACUCGACCUGGAUUUAGAAAACUAACUUGCUAUGUCUGGGAUGCAUUUUUACAUAAUAUUUCAUUAAAAGAACUUGGACCUUUGCUGCCAACCAUUUGUGUCUCUUUAAUUCCAUUAUUAGAAUCCUAUCCAGAUGAGACAAAUUCAAUGUUUGAAUUUAUUUUUAUUGAGAACAACACACAAAUAGCUCCAUACAUUUCAGAAUUAUUUUUCAUUGAUGAUCUUAAUGUUAAACCUAGGAUAUUACAAAUUGUGAAAGAACAAAUUCAUAAAUCACUUCCGAAAGAAUUUCAUAAAAAUUUAGAAUUAUGGCAACGAAGAAUAAUUGUUGAAACUGAUGAAGUAAAAUUGAAAGCACUUAUUCAUUUAAAAAGCUUCCUUCAACAACAUAGAAAUGAAUUGAAUGAAAUGAUCCUUAAUGAUACAAAUCACGUUGAUCCAGCGAUUGUUAAACUAUUGGAUUCUCUUUUGGCAGGUUGUCAAAAUGCUGAUAAAGACAUUUGCCGAUAUUGUGGAGAAUGUUUAGGAGAAUUAGGAGCAAUAGAACCAAGUUUACUUCCAAGAAGAAUUAUUUCUCAAGCUGAUAGCAAAUUUAUUUCUGAAAUGGGUCGCGAAUUUAUUUGUGCCUUAUUAAUGGAAUUAGUACGAGCAUUCCAAAUGCAAAGUACAACACAAAAUGUUGAUAGCUUUUCUCUAGCAAUUCAAGAGAUUUUAAGGUCAUAUGAAAUAUCUCCAACGGGAAGAAAUCAGAAGCUUUGGAACGCACUUUCUCAUGAAACUCAGCAAAUUGUAGUACCUUUUCUUACGUCUCAUUACAAAAUUUUAACAACAAUUAAUCCAAUUGAUUAUCCUAUCUAUGGAACUGAAACAGGAUCAACAUUUGACAAAUGGAUUUUCAACUGGGCAUGUCGAAUGAUAGCUUCCAUUGAUGAUCCGAAACUAUCAGGAAUUUUGAAUGCAUGUAGACCAGCAUUUAGAAGAGAUAUCAAAACAACUAUCUUCUGUAUUCCACAAUUAGUUGCCUAUUCUAUCAUGAGACAAAAUAAAGAAGAUUAUGAAGGAUUGAAAAAAGAAAUUUUAGCAGUAAUCAAAGUAGUUGGUAAUGAUAAAUUAGAUGAAGAUUUAACUAAAAGACGACCUCUUCGAUUAGUCAAGGAUCUCAAUGAACAAAAAUGUACCACUACUAUUACUGGUGCUACUUCAAAUACUAAUGAUCAAUUACCUCAAGUUUCUGAUGAAGAUCGGCGAGUUCGUUGUUGCCAGGUAAUUUUUUCAACUCUAGAUCACUUGAGACGUUGGUUGGAAGAGAAGCGACUUGAAAAAAAUAGCAACUAUCGUGCAAUUGAAGCAUUUUUGAAUGAAUUGGAUAACUUAGUACUUGCUGAAGGUUGUUAUCAAUCUUAUGAAUAUCAUCGAGCAUUAAUGUAUCUAGAGAGACACAUGAUGUUAACAAAAAAAGGUUUUUCUGACUCAAAAGAAAUUAAUUUGUUGGCCAAAAUUUAUACUCAACUUGAAGAACCUGAUGGAGUAUCUGGAAUUUUAUCUUCUCAAGUUGAAUCUCCAACUUUAGAACAAUUAGUAUUAGCUCAUGAGGUUGGAGGUCAACUCCAAGAUGCUGCUACAUGUUAUGAACGACUUGUUCAUCGAAAACAAGAUCCUAAAUACAUUCAAGGAAUGAUUGAAUGUUAUUUAAGUCUCGAACAACCAUAUACUGCGAUUAAUCUUGUUGAUGGUGUAUUGAAAAACCGUCCAGAGCUAGAUAUUCUUUUAUCAGAGCAUGAACCUUUUUGGCAAUUAGCUCAUUUUGUUAAUUUAGACUCGAAACCGACUAUCAAGAAACUUUUAGCUGAUGAUUUGAAACGUGGAAUUCAACCAGACCUUGAUGAUCUAAAACAAAAAUUAGUUUCAACAAUUGGCUUUGCUGCUUCUCAUCCAGAUGCUUAUCAACAGAGUUAUUCUCAAAUUCUAAAACUACAUAUCUUGAAUGAGUUUGAAAAAGCUACUGAAAUGUUGAUUAAAAAUAAAGAUAAUUUAAUAAAUAUUUUUGAUGAAUGGGAAAAAAGAGGAAGACUAGUCAGAGCUUCUCGAGGAGUAGAAUUUGUUCUUGGGAUGCGAAGAGGUACUCUUGGGCUUAUACUGCAAGUUGAAACAGAUAAAUUUUUAACCGAUCAAAACAAUAAGUUAUCAAAUCAUUUAAAGUCAUCAUGGUAUUCUCAUUUAAAAGAAGAAGUUGGGAAAAUAUGGUUAAAAAGUGCAAAAAUUGCUCGAAAGUCAGGACGAUAUCAACAAGCUUAUAUGUAUAUUCUAUCAUCAAGUGAUUUGUGUCCUCCUCAAGAGUUACAUAUUGAAAAAGCUCAACUAUAUUGGCAAAAAGGAUGCCAAGAAGAUGCUUUCCUUACACUAAAUAGAUCAUUUACUCAAUGUUUCAAAAACAGUCAGUAUUAUAUUGAGCAAUCUUCAGACCUUUGUUCUAUUGAAAGGCAAAAUAUAGCCAAGGCAAAACUUCUUUUUGCUAAAUAUAAUGAUGAAGUAGUGAAUGUCCAUACAGAUAUAAAUCGAAAAUAUUAUCAAGAGGCUGUAGAUGUUUGGAGAUGUUGGGAAAAAAGUUAUUUAGCUUGUGCACAAUAUCAUGAAACUUUAAUUAAUCGUAUGAGUGAAAAUGAAAAAAAUUCUGGCAAUGGUUUGUGCAUGCAAAUUAAUAUAAUUAAUAACUACGGGAAAUCUUUGCAAUUUGGUUGCAAGUAUAUUCAUCAAUCUAUGCCUAGGAUGUUAACAAUAUGGAUGAAUUUUGCAUUGAAGGUUGUCACAAACCGAAGUUCAUCAAGAGCUCAAGUGGAAACUUUUUCAAAAAUGUCGAAAAUUAUUGGAGUUUAUGUUGACAGACUUCCAAACUUCAUGUGGCUUACAGCAUUCAGUCAAUUGGUAUCGAGAAUUUGUCAUCCUGCUAAAGAAAUUCAAUUAGUAUUGAAUAAAAUUUUUGUUAAUUUAAUCAUUGCAUAUCCUCAGUAUUGCUUAUGGAUGAUGACAUCUGUCUUUAAUUCUUCAUACCCUACAAGAAUAAAAAGAUGUCAUGAUAUUUUCAGUAAUUCACGACUUGAUACUUCAUCUCUAAGAUCAUUAAUUAGAGACUUCCAAAAGCUAUGGGAGAGAUUAAUUGAACUUUCGAAUAAACAAGUUGAUAAAAAAACCAAAAACACAACUGUAUCAACUCUUUGUAAGCCUCUUAUAAGACUUCUAGCUACUGCUAAUUUCGGACCAAUUAUGAUACCUACUCACUUAUUUCUUCAACUUCAUCUACCAAGGAAGAGUGGUUGGAAUCAUAGUAUUGAUCAGCACAAUCCUUUUCCUACAAAUUGGAUUUCUAUAAAAAGCAUCAGUGAACAUGUGCUCAUUUUAACAUCAAUGCAGCGUCCCAAACGAAUUACAUUCAUUGGAUCUGAUGGUAAUCAAUAUCCAUUUAUGUGUAAAUCAAAAGAUGAUCUGAGAAUAGACUUUAGGUUAAUGGAGUUUAAUGAAAUUGUUAAUAAUUAUCUUCAAAAGGAUCCAGAAUCUAGACAGAGAAGAUUGUACAUAAGAACUUAUAGUGUAGUUCCAUUAAAUGAGGAAUGUGGAUUACUCGAAUGGGUUUCAAAUUUAGUUGGAUUUCGGCAAGCAAUCAUUACACUGUACAAAGAACGAGGUUGUUAUUUAACAGCAACUGAUCUGAUGGCAUUAUUAUGUGAAAAAAAAGAUUCCUUAGAACGAAAACGGGAUGUCUUUCUUAAAUUACUGCUUCCAAAGCAUCCACCAGUCUUCGGAAAUUGGUUUCGUAUUAAUUUUCCUGAUCCUUAUGGAUGGUAUGAAGCAAGAAAUGCUUAUAUUCGAACCACUGCUGUUAUGUCAAUUGUUGGAUAUAUUCUCGGACUUGGCGAUCGACAUGGAGAAAAUAUCCUUUUUGAUUCCAAGUGUGGAGAUUGUGUACAUGUUGAUUUUAAUUGUCUCUUUAAUAAAGGAGAAACAUUUGAAUGGCCUGAAAGAGUACCUUUCAGAUUGACUCAUAAUAUGAUUGAUGCUAUGGGUCCACUUAAAUAUGAAGGACCUUUCAGGAAAUCUUGUCAAAUUACUAUGAGAAUUCUUCGAGAGCAAACAAGUACACUGAUGAGUAUACUAACUCCUUUUGUUUAUGAUCCAUUAGUCAGUUGGUCGGCUCAAGAACAGUUGAGUGAAAAUGCCGAGAUGACAAAUGUAAAGGCAGUAAAAAAUAUAAGAGAUAUUGAAAUGAGAUUAAAAGGCUUCGUCAAGUUUAAUGACAGAGGCAAUGCAACAACAACUGGUGCAGUGAGUUUGAGUGUUGAGGGUCAAGUAAAUCAUCUAAUACUUGAAGCUACAAACGUCGAUAAUUUAUGUCAAAUGUACUGUGGAUGGAAUCCAUUUAUAUAAAAUAUAUUUUUUUAAUCGUACUUUAUUUAUACAUUAGUUGAUAAAAGUAUUGUUAAUUGAAAGUGAUAAUACUCAUAAAUUUUUAUAAAAUAUCGGUAGAGAACAUUAGUGAACUUCAUUCUUUAUUAAGUGAUUUCAAUUGAUAGAAUGUUUAAUAAUUUUUUUAAUUUAAUAACUUUUGUAAAUAUAAUAACAACAAAUCUUAUGUCUCAUCAGAAUCAAAAUGUUUAAGAAGCAUAAAGUAUGAUAGUGAGGUACUUAGUAUCUGAAAAAAUAUUCAAUAGAAAUAAUUCAUAGAUAUUAUUUUAAUAAUGGUAAUAAGUUAAAAUUACUGUAUUAAAACUUUCCAAAGACAUCUGUUGAAAUUUGCCAGCUGUUAAAAAACAAGGCUUUUGUGCUCGAUGAAUUAAGGUAAUAAUUUCAAUCUUAACUGGUUCUUUGCUCUCAUACCAAUUUGUUGAAUAGAUUGCAUUACUUAUGAUUGAACUCUAAUUAAAGAAAAAAUGAUGUAAGUUUUUUUUGUACAAUUUUGAGUAUUACAAAGAGAGGCAUUCUAUUACUUACAUACUUGAUUAAUUUAUCUCCAGGCCAACAGAAUAAUAUCAAUUGAAAAAGAGCCAUCAAUAAAUAGGAUAGAUAUUCCAUGAGUUUAUCACUUUGAGACAUUCUCUAGUUGUUCAACACAUUUUAAUGGAAAAAAUGAUUUAUCAUUUUUUAAGUAGAUAAUUACUUACAGAAUUUACUUGAAAUCCAACUAAACAAAUUAUGAGACUGCUUGC